CGUCGCAAACCAUGGCGACUCUAACACCCACAUUACGGCCACUGGGCUGCUGGAAGUCAAUACUGCGGCAUUCAAGACAGCAGAAAGUCGCUGCGAGAUCAUUGACGACAUACCGCAAGCCGGCGCCGUCACUUUCAAAGCGACCUUCACCACCUGCAAGUCAGGCGCCUACAAGCCAUGUCAACAGGAAGCUCAAAAUCGUUCCGCCGCCAGUAUCGCUUGCAAACACAUGCAAAGAACCCUUAAAGGCAUUCACAGAAGACCAAAUAGCCAUCCUCGACCCAACUGGCGCUCGCAGUCACCUCUUCUCCCGGACGAACACCGAAGCCGCCAAAGUUGGGGAUAUCCUCCUCGUGCGACUAAAGACAGGUGAUCCUUUCGCAGGCGUAUGCAUCAACAUCCGCCGACGGGGCGUCGAUUCAGCCAUUCUUCUUCGAAAUGAGCUGACGAGGGUUGGCGUGGAGAUGUGGUAUAAGAUCUACAGUCCGAAUGUAGAGGGUAUUGAGGUGGUGCAGAGGAGAGAGAAGAGGGCGAGAAGAGCGAGAUUGACAUACAUGCGGAAGCCCAAGCACGACAUGGGCAGUGUACAGAAUAUUGUGCUGGCUUAUCAACGAUCGAGAGGCGCACGCAAGGGGUCAGGCUUGGAUCAGCAGAAAAAGGGCGGUGCAAAGAAGAAGGGCAAGGGAAGGAAGUAGGUGUAUUAUAUGUGUUACAUAUCCGGCGCUUGGGAAAGAUGGAGGCAAGAGUUGUACAUCACUGUUUCCACAAUGUAUGAGUCGCGUAAGAAGCUCUCUUAGGUGAUUGAACGGCCUUCACAUGUGUUCAUGCCAGGGUGUAUUUUCAAGAUGAUUUAAUUAGUCUUCAUCCUAUGUAAGGUAGAGAGCCCAGCUGGUCAGUAAAGGACGGAAAGCACUUCGGUGAGUGUUAACUGCCGUCCAGUCAGUGUCUCCUCAAGCUUCAGACGAGGUGAUAUAAUGAGGUCAUCUGCCAUUGAAGCAGGACUCUACUUAUUAUGCAAGUCUGGCGUCCAUAUCGACUUUGGGGUGCGGAGGGUGGCUUCCUGGAUUUGAUCAGCUUAUCGGAUCCAUAGUCCAGAGACUCCAGCUCUUGAACUUUUUGAUUAUAUACCUUGAAUUGCCCAUCGGACAUCUGAGCAAAAACCUUGGAUUGAGAGCAAAGGGUGGCACAAUCGAUUUCGAAGAUCGUUUCCUAGCUGCAAAUUGUUGAUUCUGCAUAUUUACCGGACUCGAAGAGUCUGUUUCACCCAAGCCAUAAUC